AUUUUCAUUUUCAUUGUUGCCGUCUGGCGUCUCUGUCGAUUUUAGUUCUGUCUGUGAGUUUUGGAGUUAUUUGACAUUCGUUUAUUUUGUUGUCAUGUGUUAUCGUGAGUGAAAGGACUUUGUUGUACAUUAUUUAUUCAAUAAAAACACACGGAUUUUCUGUAUUCAGAAUGACUGUCGUGUAAAGAACUAAUAGUGGAAGAUCUUAGAAUCUCGAUUUUGUUUAAGACAUUCAUUAUAUUGAGUUAGUAAUCAUGGUGCAGGAAUAUGUGUCUCCUGUCAGGGUGCACAAGUAUCCGUUCGAAAUGGUGAUGGCCGCGUACGAGAGGCGGUUCCCGCACUGCCCGCAGAUCCCCGUGGUGAUUGACUGUAGCAUCACAGACGACAGCUGGAGCUCGGAUGACUCGCAGCGGUACACCACGCGCCGCUGUCAGCUCAACGUCGACGCACCAUAUUUACUUAAAAAGAUGAUCGGCGUUGACUACAUUUAUUUCAUCCAGAAGAACCAUCUGGACCUAAGGAACAGGGUUCUAGAGAUCGAGGCCACGAAUGAGACAUUCGCCGCCAGGAUCGGUGUGCUGGAGAAAUGCAGAUAUUACGUACAUCCAGAAAAUCCAGAAUGGACCUGCUUCGAACAGAGUGCUCUUCUCGACGUUAAGAAUUUCUUCGGACUCGAGAACACGGUGGAAAAAAUCGCCAUGAAACAGUACGCGUCUAACAUUGCUAAAGGCAAGGAAUUGAUCGAGUCAUUCAUGCGGGAAGUAUUCGCUGAGGGUGUGACGGAGCUGCAGCCUUGGACGGCGGGCCAGCCGGCGCACAACCGUGAGCUGAGGCGCAUCGUGUCGCGCGGCGCCGAGCCCCUCUCCCCGCUGCCGGUGCAGGACCUCUCGAAGCACUCGCUGCCAGACCAGUACACGCUGGACAGCGAGUACAUCAAGAGAUACCUGGGCGAGCUGACGCCCAUGCAGGAGUCCCGCCUGCUGCAACUGCGCAAGUGGAUCGCAGACCUGCAAAAGGGAAAGGUGCCUAGCGACACAACGUUGCUGAGGUUCCUACGUGCGCGUGACUUCAACGUGGAGAAAGCGCGGGAGAUGUUAUCUCAGUCGCUGCUGUGGCGCAAGAAACAUCAGGUGGAUCGUCUGCUCUCCGAAUAUGAGACGCCGGAUGUUGUCAAACAGUACUUCCCUGGUGGAUGGCAUCAUCAUGACAAGGACGGUCGGCCGCUGUAUGUGCUGCGUUUGGGUCAGAUGGACGUCAAGGGUUUACUCAAAUCCAUUGGCGAGGAUGGACUACUCAAAUUGACGCUGCACGUGUGCGAGGAGGGCCUGCGUCAGCUGGAGGAGGCGACGCGUGCGGGGGCGGGGGCGGUGCAGGCGUGGUGCCUGCUGGUGGACCUGGACGGGCUGAACAUGCGGCACCUGUGGCGGCCCGGCGUGCGCGCGCUGCUGCGCGUCAUACAGAUCGUGGAGGCCAACUACCCCGAGACCAUGGGCCGCGUGCUCAUCGUGCGCGCGCCCCGCGUCUUCCCCAUACUCUGGACCAUCGUCAGCACGUUCAUAGACGAGAACACUCGCAGCAAGUUCUUGUUCUACGGCGGCAAGGACUACCUGCAGGCGGGCGGACUGCUGGACUACAUCCCCAAGGAACUGAUACCUGACUUCCUCGGCGGACCUUGCAAGAGCUUCGUGCACGAGGGCGGGCUGGUGCCCAAGUCCCUGUACGUGAGCGGCGCCUUCACGGAGCGGGACGGCGACCCUCUCAGCGAGGACAGCAUCUACCACUCCGUCAGCCUCGCUAAAGGACAGGUGCACGAGGUGGUGGUGCGGAACUGCGACCCUCACAGCGUGCUGACGUGGGACUUCGACGUGCUGCGGCACGACAUCGCCUUCACCGUGUUCCGCACCGCGCACGACCUGCCCCCCGCCGCGCCCACCGCCGACCACAACGCCACAGCAUUGUGCACGGGCAGCGGCGCGGAGCCUCGCUCCCUGCUGCAGCAGCUGGAGGCGCGCGGCUGGCGCGAGGGCCAGCACUACCACCGCGUCGAGCCCACCCUCGUCUGCCACGACGGAGAGAGCAUUCAGGGCUCGCACGUGAUGACGGAGAGCGGCAGCUACGUGCUGCAGUGGCGCUGCGAGCUGCUGGACACCGCGCACCGCGCCGCACAGCUCAUGUACUUCCACGAGACCCUCGCCAGCCACCAGUACAAAGGGUCGAUGUCGAGCCUGCAGUCGGCGACGAGCGGGUUCUCGUGCCUGAGCGGCAAGUCCGCCGCCAGCUCGUGUCCCUCGCGGUGAUGCGUGCCCGGGCCCGCGCCCGCACCGCACACGUAGGCCCGCCCCGCGCCACCCCGCGCCACGCCCACUGCGGCCCCGCCCACUGCGGCCCCGCCCAUUGCAUCACACGCUCACAAUAAACAACGCAAUAUUAAAUAUUAUGUGAUAGAAUAAAGUGCUUCAUACCUCUAGGGAAAUAAAAGAAGCAGAUUUAGCAAUGUGCGGUGUAAAGUGGCGUGGUUUUACUGAAGUGGAUUUGAAGUGACGUGUAACGUUUCGACUUCUAUAUGCUGUAUUCUACGUAUAUACGAUACGUAAAUUCUAUUAUAAAUAUAUUUAUAGCCUGAUCAAGAAUAUUAGAAAACCUCGCCAUGUUGCGGAAAAAUUUAGAACUAAUUCCUUUGCGCACAUUAGAAAGUGUAAUAAACCGAUUGAAGCGCCCACACGUCAGGAUUUUUGUAUUCUUGAUUAGGCUAUAAUAAUUUUGAGUUCUCACAGAGGUUGGAAUGUAAGUCUCCAUUAUAAAAAUCAAACGGAAUACAGUUAAAAAAGAAUAUUCAAAUAAUUUAUCAAUUAUCUUGGAAUUAAUAAAUAAAAAAUUACGCUUUUUGAUAAACAAAUAUUUUUCCUAUCAAGACUAUAACAGGAAUUGAUAAUUGCCAUUAAAUAUUUACUAAUAUAUUAAUAUGAAUGGAUUAAUAUGAAUAUUCAAUAGUUUUCAAUAGUUUAACGUACAUUGCGUGCUUUGUACGAUGUCUUCAGAACGUAAUUCCUACUAACUCUGAAUUGUAUAUAGACAUAGAAAUUGUACGUAAAUGUUGCGUAGUCCAUAACUAUGAAUUUAACAAACGUUUGUCGUAUUUAGUACGAACUAGAAUACAUAGUUAAUGCAAAUCAUGUCUUAUUACCAUACGCAUAGAGUCUUAAUUAAUAUUAAGUAGUGAAUUAUAUUUUUUUAUUUGUAUCACUUUAGUUUUUAUGUUAUAUGGUGUGAGUAACUUUGAUUAGUUGUUAAGUGUUUUAAUAAUAGUGUAUUAACAUUCUAACCUAAAAAAAAAACUAAAUUUAAGGAUAUUUUAAGAAAAAAAUUCCGAAUCGCCCAUAAAUCGCUAAAUAUUAACCAUUCAGAUUUGCUAGGAGUUUAAAUAAAAUGCUAUAAAAUGUUGGUCAGAUUACUUAUAUUCUGGUCAGAUUAUUAUCUCUGGCCGCUCCUUUAAAUGUAGUCAAUGAGUAUUGUGUGGUAGAAUUAUCUACUAAUUUUAUUCUGUAACAUUUUUUUUUAAUAAAUGAGGUUGAUAUUGUCAAAGAUUAUAAAAAAUACAGAUGUCUGAAUAUAAGAUAAAAAAUAUAUAAAUAUCGAGGUAGUUCAAAAAUGUUCUAGUAAUAUAUAAAGUUGAAUGUUGGUACAAAGUUAUGUUAGGAUCGAAUCAAAAAGUUCUUAGAAAAAGCGUUUGAAUAAAAAAGAUAUAUUAACUUUAAAAAAAUCAAACUAUUUUAAGAAGAAAAAAAAAUAUUUUGCUAAUAUAAUUCAUUAUUAACGAAAUUAUCAUUAGAAUAAACUAACUCGAUAUAAGUGUCAUUGUAAAGUGUAAAAAUUUGUAAUUAUUUAAAAAAAUCUAUAGAGAGUUUUUGGCUUCGUACUUGUGAUAAGCUUAGUAUCCACUGUCGAAACAAUAAAACCAUCCUUAUUUUUGUCAAAGUGAAUGAAAUAGAUGAGCUUUCUUAUAUGUAGUCUACCGUAUUGGACAGUGAUUUAAAAGUUUACAUUUGUAAAAAACUCCUAUUUAAUAUCGAACCAUUAUAAGCGAGAAACUCAGGUAAUAGAGAACCCUCUGUAACUUGGACUCUCGCUUAGAUUUAACUUAGUAAGUAAUCACUGUCUAAUGUCGAUGCCUGUGGGUCUUGUAUCUCAAUAUUUGAGAAGUUGUAUAUUGUAGUUAAUGUCAUGUUGCCAAUAUAAUAAAGAAAAAGAAAUUAACGCAUAUUUUUUCAUGAAAUACCAUAGGUAAAUCAAUUGAAGAUGUAGUAAAUACAAUUAUAUGCCAUUACAUAUUGUAUAAAUAUAGUAAAAGUAGCCAAUUAAUGUUAAAAUAUAUAGUUAUUAAACUAAUUAAAAGAUUAACUAUAUACUGUAUUGAAACUGUUAAAGCAAAUUGAACCUUAAUCAAAUAGGAAUACGGAGUACCUAGCUCGUGAUUGACAAAUUUACUAUCUUUGCUUCGUGUUAAAUAAAUUAUUAUCGAAUA